AUGCAGACCAAGAUCUUCGUUUCCGCCAUGUUGGCCACCGUUGCCACGGCCCAGACCCUCAACAUCCCUACUCGCAGCGGUUCCAUCGUCUCUCUGUCCGCUCCUUCUACCAUCUCGGGAUCCAAGGACUUUGGCAACAAGGAGUUCGACCGUGGUCGUGCCUGCGACACUGACGACGACACUGGUAGUGAUUCUGCUGUCUUCAUCCUUGAGAACGGCGCCACUCUGAGCAACGUCAUCAUUGGCGCCAACCAGCUCGAGGGUGUCCACUGCAAGGGUGCCUGCACCCUGAAGAACGUCUGGUUCCGUGACGUCUGCGAAGACGCCAUUUCUGCCCUUGGCAAUGGCGAUGUCCUCAUCCAGGGCGGUGGUGCUCAGAACGCCGCUGACAAGGUCGUUCAGCACAACGGCCGCGGCACUGUUACUAUUGACGGCUUCACUGUUGUCACCGCUGGCAAGCUGUACCGCGGCUGCGGUGACUGCACCAACAACGGCGGUCCCCGUAACGUCAUUGUCAAGAACGUUAAGGCCAAGAACGUCAAGGAGCUGGUCGGCAUCAACUCCAACUACGGCGAUGUUGCCACCAUCUCUGGCACCUGCGGAUCUAGCGUCCCCAAGGUCUGCCAGGAGUACAAGGGUGUCAACAAGGGCAGCGGCAGCAGCUCCAAGGUCACCACCACCGCCAAUUGCAAGGGCCAGACCUCACUCUCCGCCUGCUAA